AUGCCACGCAAAAUUUCCUUUCGCGUCAUCAACGUGACUAGUGAAGACGAGGAUCAUGCGGCUAGUGAGCUCAACCAGCACGGCCCCACAAUCAAAGGAUGGCUCUCUAAAAAAUACUGCAAUUAUCCACAAGAAGUCGUCGUGCGGAUGGAGUCCAAGUGUAGAAUCUGCAGAAUCCAGAUCCUCUCCCAUCAGUAUUGCAUACCAAACGCAAUGGAUAUCUACGUCGGCUCCAUCCCGUCUAAAGCUAUUGAUUUGGGUCUGCAAGCUGCAAAAUGGCAUCACUUAGGGGAAAUAACGUUAGCGGACAAUGUUCAUUCGGAGUACAAGAGCCGGGAACUUAAAAGUGUCCUCGUCGACGCUGUGGGGGAUUUCGUGAAACUAGUCAUUCACGGCUGCCAUGUGAACAAGCAUAAUGUUUAUAAUCAGGUCGGCAUAAUUGCGUUGAAUAUGAUCGGAGACGAUGAUCAGCUCCUGAAGAGUUCGGAUCCUGGAGCGAAUUGGCAGAGCAUCAUCAAAAGAAACGAGGAAAUAUCUCCGAUGGAUGACCUGGCUUUCGACAUGUACGUCGACGGGGAAGUGGCACAGAUUCUACGUAAACUGGAGCAGAAAAAGAGAGAUGCCAUUAACGAGGAGCGUUUCGUCUUCGCGAAAAAACUGAAACAUGCAAUUGGCGAGCUUCAGAAGGUGGGAGAGCGCCUAGCCAAAAUGCUGAUCGACAAACAAACGGCGGUGGAAACCGAGGACUUUGAUCGAGCGCGUCGUAUCAAGGAUGAAAUGCAAACUUACCGUAUGAAUGCCUACGAGCAUCUCAGGCUACCUGAACUGAUGGAAAUGGAGGGCUACAACCCCGAGCGGGACUCAGUGGUACCAGGUCCGGUUCCAUCGCCUGAAAAACCUGGUGCCUUACAACAUCAGCAGCAGCCGAUGCAUAUCAACAUAACCACGACAACCCACCACUCCAAGAGUAUGAACGGUAAAGAUGCCCUGUUCAAAGCAAACGACAGAAAGGUCUAUCAUUCUCGUUUGCCGAAGCCGACUAGCAUACCAACGACGUGCUCCGCCUACACUUUCGAAAAUAAGUUGCUGUCGUCUAGCCGAGCGGUGACGGAGGACAUCGAAGAAUUCGACAGAGACCUAGUCUUGGGCGGGAUGUCUCUCAAGGACAGACAGGAGGCGUCGCUCCCGAUCGAAGUGUUUGGGCUACGUUUGGUGCAGAAGCUGUAUUCGCGCAACUUCAUUCAGCGGGAGGAUGCUUUCAAGGAAAUACUGCGAGUCAUUGAUCGAUACAACGCCCGAAGAAGCAGACAUUCGCCAGAAGAAGUUUUGCGAGCCUGCGCUUUUGUGCUUCAAAGAGGAUUCCGAGACAAAGUCCUGUCGGUUUUUAUCCAGUCGUUGAACGUCAUGCAAGCCUUAUUCACGCGCUUUGUGAUUCUCCAUCGAGUUGCCCGUGUGGACACAACGCUAGCCAUCAACAAACUUGUCCCGCGGAUCCUAUUCCGCCUCGGUGAUCCAGCUGCGCCGAGGUUGAAGUCCAUCGCUCAAGAGUUCUUGCUUGAAAUGGUUGACUACGAAGAUUCGAAAACUGUCCAAACGUCGCUGAAUAUCAUCCUCAAACCAUUUACCGAUACGACGAAUCCUCGAUUGGCCCAAGGAAGAGCAGAACUUGUGGAUCAGUUGAUAGCGAGGACACCACCUUUGAGCGAAACGGAUCCUCUCUUCACCCAAGUCAUGAAUUUCGCGAUCCGAGCCCUUUCUCAUCCGGCAAUCCAGGUACGAGAAGUGGCCGAACAGAUUCUCCUCGCGCUGUAUCGGCUAAUCGGAACCCCCGUACGACAAUGUCUCGUUCCGGAGAGUGUGCGGCUGCAGAGGAACUUCACCUACAGGAAAGUAUUCGAGGAAUUCGAGAAAAUCGAUCGCGAGCCGACAACACUCACGGCCACGAUACCUAGACGAAGUCGAUCAGCCUCAGUUGAGCCUCCAUCUUCGUCGAACGGGACACGUGCUGUUCAGCAAUCAUCAAUCUCACAAUCCCAUUCCAUGAAUGACAUAACGAAAACGGUGCAAGACGCCGUACAUUUCGAUCUCGAUCGCAUGUGCAUGUUCUGCGAAGAGACGGACGAGCGCUUCAACGCAGAGACCCUCAACUAUCACUACUGGACAGAGUGUCCCAUGCUGAUGCUCUGCCCGAACUGCAAGCAGGUGGUGGAGAUAAGCGGCUUGACUCGACAUCUUCUCGACGAAUGCAGUCACCGUCAUCAAUACAAACUAUGCAUUCGCUGCAAAGAAGCUAUUCCCAAGAAUAGAUUCGAGGGUCAUGUCAAGUUGCGUACUUGCAUACCGGCGAAACCGCCAAGUCAUGCUAACCACUGCCCGCUAUGCCAUCAGAUUCCCCCGGGCGAGGAGGCUUGGAAAGUCCAUUUGAUGAGCGAGAUGGGCUGUCCGUUCAAUCCGCGACGCCGACAGAAAUUAUUUAGGUGGAGAUCAGGCUCCAUAUUUGAGGAUGAGCCUACCGAUCCAAUUUCUGGGAGACUUAAAAUUCUGGGAGCUCUGCCACCCGAGUACAGGCAAUAUUCGGUUCAUCAUCGGAGCAAAAGCGAACCGCCGAACGCUCGCGUUCCCGGCUCCAGGGGAGAAUCAAACAAAUCUGUAUCCUGA